AACAGUGCGUGUAAUGGGAGAACACUAAAACCGGGUAGUGCAAUCCGGAUUGAGCCAAUCCAUAUAUAUCUGAAUUUAUUUGAUCCAAUUCAUAUAUAUCCAGAUUUAUUUGAUCCAAUUG